GGACCAGCAGCAAACAAAAGAAAGGUCUUUCGAAUUACAUUAAAGAAGAGAUAACGUAAGUUUCUAUCUUAUCAUGAAACUGUUAUCUGAAGGACAAUUAAGACUUUGUUUUGUUCAACCAGUACACCUUACAUCAGGGCUGCUUGUAUUUUUUAUUCUGAAAUCUAUGACUUCUCUAAAACCUGCUCACCUUCCAAUUUAUCAAAGGAAACCUUUUAUAGCUGCCUGGAAUGCUCCAACAGAUCUGUGCUUGAUAAAAUAUAAUUUAACACUGAAUUUAGCAGUAUUUCAGGUAAUUGGAAGCCCUCUGGCCAAAGCCAGGGGGCAAAAUGUCACUAUAUUUUAUGUUAACAGAUUGGGAUAUUAUCCGUGGUAUACAGCAGAAGGAGUCCCUAUCAAUGGGGGUCUCCCCCAAAACUUAAGCUUACAAGUACAUCUGGAAAAAGCUGCCCAAGAUAUUGAUUACUAUAUCCCUGCUGAAAAUUUCAGCGGACUUGCUGUUAUAGACUGGGAAUAUUGGCGGCCACAAUGGGUCAGGAACUGGAAUACAAAGAAUAUCUACAGACAGAAGUCAAGAAUGCUUAUUUCUAAUAUACAACAGAAUGCUUCAGCUAAUGCUAUUGAGUGUUUAGCCAAAGAGGCAUUUGAAAAAAGUGCAAAAGCUUUCAUGGAGGAAACCAUCAAAUUGGGAAUUAGGAGGCGACCCAAAGGCCUUUGGGGUUAUUAUUUAUAUCCUGAUUGCCACAAUUAUAAUCUUUAUGCUCUGAACUAUACUGGGUCAUGCCCAGAAGGGGAAGUCCUGAGGAACAACGCGCUCUCUUGGCUGUGGCAGAGCAGUGCGGCUUUGUAUCCUGCUGUUGCUGUCAGGAAAUCCUUUGAAAACAGUGAAAACAUUUGGCGCUUCUCACAAUUCCGGGUGCGUGAAUCCAUGAGAAUCUCCAACAUGACAUCCCACGGUUAUGCUCUCCCUGUGUUUGUCUACACACGGCUGGGGUACAGAGAUGAACCUUUAUUUUUUCUUUCUAAGCAAGAUCUGAUUAGUACCAUAGGAGAAAGUGCUGCUUUGGGAGCUGCAGGCAUUGUUGUUUGGGGAGACAUGAAUUUAACUUCAUCUGAGGCCAAUUGUACAAAGGUGAAGAACUUCGUGAGUUCUGAUUUUGGGAGCUACAUAGUCAAUGUGACCAGAGCGGCUGAGGUCUGUAGCCGUCACCUCUGCAGAAAUAAUGGGAGGUGCAUAAGGAAGAUGUGGAAAGCUCCAGAUUACCUCCACUUGAACCCUGCAAGCUACCACAUAGAGGCCAAUGAGGAUGGGGGAUUCAAUGUGAAGGGCAGAGCGUCUGAUGCCGACCUAGCUGUGAUGGCAGAGAAAUUUUUCUGUCAUUGUUAUCAGGGAUAUGAAGGGGCUGAUUGCAGAGAAAUGAAGAAGGCAGAUGGCCGCUCUGCAGUUCCCCCUCUCUCCAGCUCACCAGUGACACUGUAUCUGAUGGUUUUAGCAGGUUAUCAAAGCAUUAAGUGGUGGCAUAACUGAGUUUAAAGGGAAUUGUGUGGCUCCUAG